CCGGGAUAAAUUUCUGUACAUGCACAUGGUCCUUACAAAAGUCUCCAAAGCUACAACCCAUGCUCACCUCUCCUUACUGCCUUGCUAUUCGGUGUCGUUCAGGGACCGGUAAGAUCUCUACUGUUUGGAACAUCUUAGGAAUGCAAAAUGUAGGACCUCCUACUACCUUCCCAAUACUGUUCUGCAUUAUACCAAGAUCCAGGAAAGAUUUCGAAUUUGAGCAGCGUUACUUUAGCGGACUAUUCCCUGACCCAGGACACUUGCCGGCAAUGUUCCUCACAGACAAUGGCAACAGGUGGGAAACGCCACUGGGGUAGAAUAAAAACUUUGCCACUGAGAAGAACCUGGUGCGGCCUAGGAAUACCAGGAGUCCGCGCUCUGGCUUCCGGGACACGUGGGCCUGCGAGCGCGCCUGCGCCAGCCUGGGAGGGAGCUGUCUCACUUUUCCUAGGCCGCCGGCCAGAGCGGUUUGGAGGCCUCGGGUUGCCUAGCCCUAGAAUUCUGAGGCUCCCUUCAGAUGAGAAUUGUGCAGCCAGGACAUCUGGGUUACAGCACCGAGGCGGUCCAUGGCUUCAGAAACUUACAGAUAUCCCAAAAUGACUGAGAUUGAACAGGCAGAGGCCCAGCUCUCUGAGUUAGACCUGCUGGCCAGUAUGUUCCCUGGCGAGAAUGAGCUCAUAGUGAAUGACCAGCUGGCUUUAGCAGAACUGAAAGACUGUAUUGAAAAGAGGACAAUGGAAGGACGAUCUUCAAAAGUUUACUUUACAAUCAAUAUGAACCUGGAUAUAUCUGAGGAAGCAAUGGUGACAUUUUCUCUGGCGUGUAUACUUCCCUUUAAAUACCCUGCAGUUCUGCCUGAAAUUACUGUCAGAUCAGUAUUAUUAAGUAGAUCCCAGCAGGCUCAGCUGAAUACAGAUCUGACCACAUACCUACAGAAGAACUGUCUCGGGGAUGUCUGUAUUUUGAAUGCCGCUGAGUGGGUUAGAGAACACGCUUCUGGCUAUGUCAGCAAAGACACCACACCUGCCCCCACUCCAGGAAGUACAGGCCAGCCAGUUGACCUCAUUCUCACGAGACUGUGGGUCUACAGCCAUCACAUCUACAACAAAUGCAAGAGAAAGAAUAUUCUAGAGUGGGCAAAGGAGCUUUCCCUGUCUGGGUUUAGCAUGCCUGGGAAGCCUGGUGUUGUUUGUGUGGAAGGCCCACAAAGUGCCUGUGAAGAAUUCUGGUCCAGACUCAGAAAAUUAAACUGGAAGAGAAUUUUAAUUCGCCAUCGAGAAGACAUUCCUUUCGAUGGUACAAAUGAGGAAAUGGAGAGACAGAGAAAAUUUGCAGUUUUUGAAGAAAAAGUGUUCAGUGUUAAUGGAGCCAGAGGAAACCACAUGGACUUUGGUCAGCUGUAUCAGUUUUUGAGUGCCAAAGGAUGCGGGGAUGUUUUCCAGAUGUUCUUUGGCGUGGAAGGACAGUGAGCAGAAGAAUAUUUGAAAGUGUUUUGUCACUGUUAGUCUUUUGACUUUUUGCCCACUCCUCCUUGAAAGAUUAGGUAAUUUUACUUUAGUCCCAUUCUAGAAUGUUAGGGGGAAAGAAAGAGGAAAAGUAUAUUUCAGUAUAGCCGAAAUGCAUCUGUUAAAACUCUGUCAUGAUUGAAUGCAGACCUGAGUUUUACAUUAUAGUCUUAAAAUUGUUGAUAGAAAUUUCUUGACAUGGAGUUCCUAUUGCGGUUCAACGGGUUAAGAGCCCAAUUAGAAUCCAUGAGGAUGCAGGUUCAAUCCCUGGCCUUGCUCAGUGGGUUAAUGAUGAAGCUUUGCUACAUGCUACAGUGUAGUUCGAAGAUGUGGCUCUGAUCUGGCAUUGCUGUGGCUGUGGUGGGCAGCAACGGCUCCAAAUCCAUCCCUAGCCUGGGAACUUCCAUAUAUCAUGGGUGCAGCCCUAAAAAGAAAAAAAAAAAAAAAAAAAGAAAGAAAGAAAUUUUUUUGACAUAUAAAGUUAAUUAUAUUUGAUGACAAUGACGUUGGUGGGGCCACCCUUUGCCACCCCAUUCCCCUUUAUCUUCCUCUACUAAAGAACCUGGAAAAGCUAAAUGCUCACCUUUCUCAGCCUCUUUUGCAGCUAGGGUGGCCUGGGGACAUAGCUUUGGCUGGGGAACUUCUGGGAAAACCUUUGCUUUCCUGGUUAAAAUGAUAGGUGCACCAAGGGCCCACCUUCCCUCUCUCUGUCACAAACACCAAAGUGAUGGUUGGAGCUGCAGUAGUCCUUUCAACUUUCAAGAGAGCUGCAGAGAUGCCAGUCCUCACAUUGCUGAACUAUUGAUCCAACACUAGCCCCUGCCUAUCUCUAGACAGAUGAUUAUGAAAUAAAACAAGUUUUAUUUCUAUUUCUAUGCCUGUUACUAGCAGUUGAAAGCUAGUUUGCCAUACCCGUUUUUGUUUUUUUUUUCAAAGCCUUAAUUUUACAUUUGAUACAAAGAUGGGUGAAAAUUUUUUUCUUUUUAUUUUUUUUUUCUACAUGCCCACAGCAUGUAAAAUUUCCUGGGCCAGGGAUUGAACCCAGUGCCACAGCAGUGACAGUGCCAGAUCCUUAACCACUAGGCUACCAGGGAACUCUGAAAUUCUUCCUAAAUGGAGUUUGCAGUUUAUCUCUAUUUUUAUAUACUUAAUGUUCUGCCCUUGCUCCUUGGCUCACCUCACAGAAGGCUUUCAAGCAUGAACAGAGCUCAAACUUUUUAAUAGCCCUCAAUGAUUCAUCACAUUGGUGAUUUAGAGCAUUCAUUUUUUGACAAUUGGAUUUUGACAAAUGUUUCCCUCAGGAGGUGGAUUUCUGUAAUUUUUUUUUUGGUAAACUGACCUACAAAUAAACACACUGCAUGAUUUUUGAGGCCCUCCAUACAUCAGUUCUAAAAGUGCUUAUUAAAUAUUUACUAAUUGCCAGCACUCAGGUUGGUAUUGUAUGUUGGGUAUCCCUUGAUGAGUCAGACUUGGAUAGAGGAAUGAGGUGGAGGUGGAGGACAGAAAACAUUGGAGGUUUUUUGUUUUUCUUUUUUUGUUUUUUUUUAGGGCCACACUUGUGGCAUAUGGAAGUUGCUGGGCUAGGGGUUGAAUCAGAGCUAUAGCUGCCAGCCUAUGCCACAGUCACAGCAAGGCAGGAUCUGAGCCACAUCUGCGACCUACAACAUGGCUUGCAGCAAGGCUGGAUCCUUAACCCACUGAGAGAGGCCAGGGAUUGAACUGCAUGCUAGCAGAUACUAUGUCGUGUUUGUAACCCACUGAGUCACAACGGGAACUCCCUUUUUUGGGUUUUUUUCACUGCACCCACAGCAUAUGUGUUUCCAGGGCCAGGGAAAGAAUCUGAGCCACAGCUGCGGCAACACUGGGUCCUUACCCAGUGCACAGUAGGAACGCUCACAGUGCAUUGCUCGCCUCAGUAAAAAGUUGGAGGCAACCUAUGUGCCCAACACUAAGUGAAUCAGUAAAUACAUUAUGCUACAUUUUAUCCGAUACUAGGUAGGAAUCAAUAGGAAUAAGGUAGAACUAAGAAGGUAGUGUGGAUAGAUCUUAAAUAUAAACAUAAGUAAAGGAGUAACCCCUGUGGUGCAAUGAGUCAGAUCAGCAGUGUCUUGGGAGCACCGGAAACAGAUUUGAUCCCAGGCCCGGCACAGUGGGUUAAUGAUCCAGCAUUUCUGCAGCUCCAGCUUAUGUCACAACUGAGGCUUGGAUCUGAUCCCUGGCCUGGGAACUUCAUAUGCCUCAGGGCAGCCAAAAAAGAAGAAGGAAAACAGGAAUACAAAUGGUACUCAUAGCACAAUGCUAGGGUUGUAUCAGCACUGUAGCUGCUGGCCUAUGCCACAGCCGUAGCAACUCGGGAUCCGAGCUGCGUCUGCAGCCACGACUCAUGGCAAUGCCAAGUCCUUAACCUGAUUGGGGCCAGGGAUUGAACCUAAGUCCUCGUGGAUCAGAGUCGGGUUCCUUACCACUGAGCCACGAUGGGGACUCCCUGGAUGCAAAUCUUAUGUGCCUUAUGUUGCUACCCUGAUGUCCAUCUCCCCAUUGUCCUGUCAGUUGCCCUGAAAAUGCCAAUCCUUCCUCUGCUGCCCCCACACAGCCAGAUGGACCAGCUCUACAUUUAGUUUCUCACUUCCCCUACUCCCCAGCCACUUUCAUCCAGAUUUGGAUGAAAUAUUCCACAGAGCAUGGGACUGGCAACCCUAGAGGCCACCAAAGGGGACGGAUGAUGCACGCAUUACUUCAGUAGAACUGAACUGCUAAAACCUUUUUAGUCCUUGUACAUUAUUUUAAUGAAAAAAUAGCAUUGCUAUGUACAAAUAUAUAGAUCUGAAGUGUAAUAUAAAAACAUAGACUGCAAUAAGGUAGCUUUAUAAGUUUUCUUCUGAGACAGACCUGUCAAAUUUAGACAUUGGAUUAUUAAGAGAGUGACCAAGAGAAGUACAAAUUUCCCAACCUCAUGAUUAGUACACUUUUUUGAAAGUGGAUGGAAGUAUUGUCAUCAAAAAAACACCAAGUUAUGGGAGCUCCUGCCGUGGCACGGAAACAAAUCCAACUAGGAACCAUGAGGUUGUGGGUUCAAUCCCUGGACUAGCUCAGUGGGUUAAGCAUCUGGCAUUGCCAUGAGCUGCAGUGUAGCUCGCAGAUGCAGCAGCUUGGAUCCAGCAUUGCUGUGGCUGUGGCGUAGGCCCUCAGCUGUAGCUCUGAUUCGACCCGUAGCCUGGGAACUUUCAUACACCAUAGGUGCGGCCCUAAACAGCAAAAAACCGAAAAACUCCAACAAGUUAGGAAUUCCUUCACGGCACAGUGGAUUAAGGAUCUAUCAUUGUCACUGCUGUGGCACAGGUUUGAUCCCUGGCCUGGGAACUUCUGCAUGCCACUGGCACAACCUGAAAAAAAAAAAAAGUAAGAGACACAAUAAAAGCUGUAAGAAAUUAUAGUUAAAUGUUAGAAAUGUAGGCAAUAUAGUUUUCUUAGACGUUUCACCAAUGAUUAUGUUUCAUAUAUGAACACCCUUAAAUGUAAAAUUACAUUCAGUAUGAUUGCAUGUAUGUUUAUUCCAUAAUGACAAUUUGUCAAUGUAUUAAUCUGAAAAAUAUCUUAUAUUAGAAUCAUCUAUAAAGAAAUGAUGAUAAAUCCUUAAAAGAAACUAUUAGUUCCAAACCAAGUUAGGUUUAAAAGUUAAAAGAUCUAUAGAAAGCAAGAGUGUCGGCAGGAAAUACUGACUACAUGUCCAUUUUUAUUUGUAAAUGUAAUUCUUGCACAAACAAUAGUAUUAUUUUUUAAACUUUUUUUUUUUGCAUUUUUUGCUUUUUUUUGCUUCUUAGGCCUUAUCUGCAGCAUAUGGGGGUUCCCAGGCUAGGGGUCUAAUUGAAGCUACAGCUACCAGCCUACGCCACAGCUCACGGCAACACUGGAUCCUUAACCCACCCUGAGCAAGGCCAGGGAUUGAACCCACAACCUCAUGGUUCCUAAUCGGAUUCAUUUCUGCCAAACAAUACUAUUCUCAUGUCAAAGUGAAACAAAACAAAAUUUUAAAAUUCUAAAAUUAAUUCCACAAAUCCAAUUUACUUGAACUUGGAGUGACAAAGUCAAAGCCAGUCUCAUCAUCUGCACUUUAAUUUGAUAAACUGCAUUUGAAAAAAAAUAAUUGCAUCUGCUGCAAUGCAGAACUGACGAUUUUUUUUUUUUGCAUUUAUGUCAAAAUAACUGUGACACAGAUUUUUUUUUUUUUAAGUUGUAAUUCCGGGAAACCCAACAGAAUGUACCAUUCAUGAAAUUCCAUUAAAGCUGCAGGGCAACAUAGAGUUAAUGGCAUAUAAGGACAGGUGCAUAUACAUUACUUUCCAGUUCCUUGCCCCCGCUGGAAAAAAUGAUUACAACCACUUCCUAUAAACCUAGGCCACAAACAUUCUGCAAAGGUCCACAAGGAGCUUUUUCACUUAGCACAAUCCAGCAAUCUGAUCCCACAGUGUCAGGGGAGGCAUGUAGACAUUGAAAUCCUUUACCAACCACUAGCAAACGUCAAAGUGGACCCCUUGGAGGAACAGGGCUGGGUGAGGUAAGAUUCUAACUCAGCAUGAAAGGCAGGGGCCUGGCUACUUUCAGACACCCAGUCUCAAGUGGAUACCAAAUGCACUGGUAUCCAACACCUUGGCCUUUUCCCAGACUGCUGCCUGCACAGCUUCCUGCAUAGAUGGAAGCAGGGAGGGCCCUACAAGGCUGCACACACAAGCCCCAUCUUCCUCGGUGCGCCCAGACAGCACUAGCCAGAGGGUGGGAGCAUGGUCAGCUCUGGGCCAGUGGACAAAUAGCAUAACCACAUCUGGGACUGCUGGAUUUCUUGGGAUCUAGUUUGAAGGUUUUGGCCCUGGUUUGAGUCUUGUGCUGUGGACCUGUCUUUAGAUGUGAUUUUUUUUUUUUUUUUUAAAUACUCGUCUUUGAGAGAGGAAAAAAAAAAAAAAAGGCCUAGGUGUUUCUGGAAUGUUUCUAAGAGCUGGAGUAGUUGGGCCGGGGUGGCACCUUCGAGGUUCAGGGUAUCCCGAAGGAAUAACUGAAAUGGAGGCUUAAUGUAUUUAAUAUUACAUGUAUUUUAAUUUGGUUUUAAACUGAUACUGCAUUGUUUGAAAGAAAUUGAAAUAGUAUCAGAGAUGUGUUCACAGCAAUAUUUAUUGCCUUCCUGAGAGGUUUUAAGUUCUAACUUAUGAUUCUUUAAAGUAACUAACACUAAAUAUAACCCCAAAUCCAAUAUGAUAGAAAAAAGUGAUUUUUGAUGUUAUUUUUCUCUUGUUCUUAAAUAAAUCUAGCGUAUAAUAAAUAUUUUCAGCUUAUCCAUUUUCGAAUAGUUCCUAAAUAAUAGUUUUCUUUGGUUUUUGUUUGUUUUAUGGCCACACCUGUGGCAUAUGGAAGUUGCUGGGCUAGGGGUCGAGAAUCUGAGUUGCCCCUGAUGUCUACACCACAGCCAAGCAAUGCUGGAUCUGAGCCACUGAGUGAAGCCAGGGAUUGAACCCGCAUCCUACGGACACUAUGUCUGGUUCUAAACCCACUGAGCUACACUGGGAAAUCCAAUAAUAGUUUGCUUUGGAUGUUUAAGUGUAGAAAUUUUGCUCAUAUAAUAUGGGGGCUCAAUUUUUUCUCCCUGGGGGCAAUUAGCAUUUCAGAUUGUGUGAAUUUGUUCCCUCUUGCUUCUUCCUGCCCCCCAAAUUUAUGUAAAUAAAUGUGUAUAAUACAUUUCUGUUUGAAAAGAUGGCCAUUAUAGAAAAUGUACAAAUAACUGGAUUUAAGGCCUCCACCCCCUUAGGAGUUCCCUGGUGGUCUAGUGUUUAGGACUUGGGGCUUUCACCACAGGGACUUGGGUUCAUCACUGAUCUGGAACAUCAAGUUGCUGGACACUAGCCCAAAGAAGACAAAAUUUGUAUAUUAUUUUGCAUAUGUGUGUAUGUAGUCUUUUUCAUUUUUUAAACAUUCUAUUGAGGUAUAAUUGAUGAUGUGAUAAUUUCUGUUGUACAACAAAGUGAUUCAGUUCUGCAUAUACAUAUAUCCAUUCUUUUUCAGAUUCUUUUUCCAUACACAAUAUUGGGUUGAGUUCCCUGUGCUAUACAGCAGGUCUAUUCCAUUUUAUGCAUUUUUCAGAGUUCAGUCAGGAAAGCAGAAACUUCACUACUUAUUUAAAAAGAAAAAAAAGAAAAAGAAAAAAUUUGGAAUUCAGUGGUGCAGUGAACCAGCAUUAGGUUAAGGACCCAGCAUUGUCACUGCAGCAUCUUGGGUCACUGAUAUUGUGUGGUUUCACUCCCUGGCCAAUAAAAUAAAAUAAAAUUUUAACAUGGUAAAUUGGUUUAAAAGAAUGGUAAAAACAAAGAGAGACUCCUGAGGUAACAAAGAGGAAUUUCCACUGAGCAGCUACUAUCCCUAGGGCUGGGAAGGGAAGGAAGGAAGAAGAGGUUGGGGUAAUCUGAAUUUUGAAGUUUGGAAGGAGGCCCUGAAAAGCUGGGUCUCAGCUCAAGCCCAUGAAAAGAGGGGGGGUUCCUGGCUGUAGUUUUUCUCUGGCGCUCAAAGAAGAGACCCCGUGAUGCUGGGACUCUGAUUUCUGAGAUGAGGCCACCAUUGGCUGUCUCAAGAGCUCGGAGGAGGGGCUCCAUGGAGGUAGCACUCAGACCUCUGAGGGGAACUAGAGUUCUGCCUGGCUGCUGCUGGUGCCCCUAAAGGAUGAUUCUGAUUGCUGGAGACUGAAAACAUCUUCUGCCUAAACCAAUUUUUGCUGCCGGGCAAAGCGCUGCUGCUCGGAUGAUGCUAACAGUAUGGAGCAAGUCCC